UGGAAUCAACAUAUAUAUUGAUUUUGUUAAUUUGAUUUUAUCCUUCUUAUUUUAUUCAAAGAGAGAACGGAAGCAAGCAACACAAAAUUUUUUAAAUUAGGGUUUUAUCUAUCUUCAUCCCCUUUAUUUUGUUCCCUUGACUUUGGGAAGCUACUUCGUUUCUGUUGAACAAGCAUGAAGAAGAAGCUCCAGACACGUUUUCCAGCGGGCUAAGAGAUAAAGAAGCUGCAGAGAUAUCUUGUUUAAGACUUAAGAUGAGAUCUCUGUUCUGUAUAUGAAAUUUCUUGAGUGUCUUUAGAUUUUAAGGAGUGUGAUUUUGUAAUUUUAAUGUCGAAGACAAGGAUUAAGAAGAUUAUGCAAACCGAUGAGGAAGUUGGCAAAAUUGCAAUGGCUGUCCCUCUUCUUGUUUCGAAAGCUUUGGAGCUGUUUUUACAAGACUUGUGUAAUCACACAUAUGAUAUAACUCUCAGCCGAGGGGCGAAAACUGUCAGCUCCUUUCAUUUGAAGCAGUGUGUGCACGCGUUUAAUGUAUUUGAUUUUCUAAGAGAUACUGUUGGUAAAGUUCCUGAUUUGUGUGGCUCAGAUGCGGAAGACCAAUCUGCUACCAAAAGAAGGAAACUUGUUGAUGAAAGUAAUUGCAACGAAGAAGAUAUGAAGAACACUCAAGUGAAUGAGGUCAAACAUUCUGGCAGUGGCAGAGGAAAGCAGGGUAAAGGCCGCGGAAGGGGUGGUGGAAAAACAGGAAGUGGUCUGUCUCUUACGUUUGAAGAAGAUGGUUCUCCCGAAAGCAGCAGGACACCUUCUCCUGAAAACAGAGAUACAUCUUGGAAGAAAGUUCAUAGUAACGUAAGGAACUUCGAUCUAAAUGUGGAUUUAGAUGAGAAUGGAGACACUGCUACAUGGCUAGAAAAACAGCUAGAGGAAAGUCCAGAGUGGCCGUCGUUGGGAAUGAACGAAAUGAAAAUAGAUCCUGAUCAACAACAACAACAACAACAGGCUAGUGCUAGUGAUGAGGAAGACUACGAUGAAGAAAGCAUAGAGUAGACCAAGACUGAAGGAAGUUUGGCGUUUGGUUUUAAGUUAGGUGAUAUGACUAAAAAAAAAGCUAAGAUAUGGGGAAAGGAGACAACUUAGGAACUGACACACUUAUUAUACAUAGAAGAAGCAGUGUUUAUGUAGGAGAGAUUGAUUGCUCACAUUAUAUAAUUUUGUCAUUUUUAUUUAUCUUUUCCAACAUCCAAAGCUUAAUGACACCUUAAACAGAGAGAUUUAACU